GUCCCAAAACGAAGGACCACCGGCAAAACUAAGAGAUAUGACCAGAGAAUAGGUUUGAGGACUUGCUAGUGUGCGUGCCUAUGCUAUGUGGGUGGUUGUUCCCACCUGAACCAACUCUCUCCAUCCCUCCCGGGGAGGGGACAGGGCUCAGCCCAUAGCAGGUACCUGGAUUAACGCAUGUGAGCUUGUGCUCAGCCCCUGCUGCUCACAGACCCUGCAGUGAAAUGGUGCUGAGCCAUCACAGUUUUAAUCCAAGUGCCAGGUGCUGCUUGCAGAAAAGUGGGAGGAUUUUGGAAGCUUCUGGUUGUGCACCGGGAGGCUCACGGGCAGUGUUGGCUGCAGAUACAUUACAUUCCUGGAGGGAGGCAGUUGUUCCUGCUGAGAAUCAACACCAGAAAAGCACAGACUUCCAGCAUCUUUUGCAGCUGAGGCUCUGAAAUACUGGAGGACACUGCAUCUUCUUCAGGGAUACGGACAAAGGGGAGCUGGAGCCUCUGGGGAGCUCAGAAAGGAAUUGCGAUUGGUGGUCACCUGAGGAACUUACCUUCACACCAAUGUUACUCUGAAACGAGUUGUGUCCAACAUUCAGGUUUGGUAAGAUGCCUCAGGAACAGUACGCACACCGGAGCGCCAUGCAGACCUCGGAAGGACCCCAGGUAUACAAAGUGGGGAUUUAUGGCUGGAGGAAGAGAUGCCUCUAUUUCUUUGUGCUGCUCCUAAUGAUUUUAAUCCUGGUGAACCUUGCUAUGACCAUCUGGAUUCUGAAGGUUAUGAACUUCACAAUUGAUGGAAUGGGGAACCUGAGAAUCACAGAAAAAGGUCUAAAGCUCGAAGGAGAUUCAGAAUUCUUGAAACCUCUCUACGCCAAAGAAAUCCGGUCAAGACCAGGCAACCCACUGUACUUCCAGUCUGCCCGAAAUGUGACAGUGAACAUUCUCAACGAGAAGACUAAAGUCCUUACUCGCCUUGUAACAGGUCCCCAAGCAGUGGAAGCACACAGCCAAAAAUUUGAAGUAAAAACCCUCUCUGGAAAAUUGCUCUUCUCUGCAGAUGACAAUGAAGUGGUGGUUGGAGCAGAGAGAUUGAGAGUUUUAGGAGCAGAAGGCACAGUGUUCCCUAAAUCUAUAGAAACUCCCAAUGUCAGGGCAGACCCCUUCAAGGAACUAAGACUGGAGUCGCCUACACGAGCGCUGGUGAUGGAGGCUCCAAAAGGCAUCGAGAUCAACGCUGAGGCCGGCAGCUUGAAAGCCACGUGCAGGACAGAGCUUAGGCUGGAAUCCAAAGAUGGAGAGAUAACAUUGAAUUCUGCAAAAAUCAAACUACCUAACUUGCCUCAAGGAUCUUCCUCUUCCGCAGGGUCCAGGCAAAAAAUCUACGAGCUCUGUGUGUGUCCCAAUGGGAGGUUAUUUCUGUCUCAGGCAGGCAGUAGCUCCACCUGCCAGAUAAAUACAAGCGUCUGCCUUUGAGAGACAAUUUGCAGAGGGGCAUCGCAGGCAGCACAAAAGCCAGUUCUGGUCUCACAGAUUGCAGCUGCCAACUAUUUUUACUAGAACACAGAAAGCCUAUCAAAGACUUUUUUUGUGUGUGCGCGCGCGUGUGUGUGAAUAUAUAUAUAAAUAUAUAUAUACAAAAUAUAUAUAUAUAUCCUCUGUGUAAAAUGAUGUUUCAGUACAAGGAAUCCCAGGGUGACCCUGUUACAUUUGUGUAGCAUUUCUCUUUCCCACACCAAAAUUUACUGGUCCGAUCUGCUGAAUUGGAUUUGAUGCUCCCCUGGACCCUUCUGUAUUAAUAUAGUCUAAUGAACGCCCCUCGUUUUUGAUCAUGUUCUCAGAGCAGUGGAAUUGUUGGCAGGGCAAGACCCUGGAACAUAUGUAGACCCACCAAGAUACAAAGGGAAGAGAAGCAUCUCUGAUUAUUUUUGCACCAUUAAAUCAGUGGCAUGAGAAGAAAAACCCAAACAAAACCAAAACCAACAAAAUAGACAGAUGCGCUGUACUGAUCACCUAGAGUGAUCUAAGAUACUCGAGGUUAAAUAGCACUCUGAUUUUUGCCUAAAGCUUGCUCUUUGUUGGGAGAGAUGGUUUGCACUUGGCCAGUAGAAAAGUCCAGAUCUUCUUGCUGGAAUAAUCAUGUAUUUUCCUAGAGGGCUUUGAGACUUGCCUGUGCAUGGCCAAGGAUGGCUUGUGCUAUUCAGAUGUGACACAUCAGCUCUAACCCUAGCCUAAAGUCAUCUCUGUGCCAACUAAACUGGUGUUGCAUUUAGUUCAUGGAGGAAAAAAUUGCAAAAUUCUGACUAAAUAGGAAAAUCCUGAUCCUCCUUAAUUAACAAGCAUCCUGGAUCUUCUACACACUCUCCAUUAGCACCUUUAAUUUUGAAAAGAUUUGGUGUGAAGGUGUAAAAAUUUCAGAUUUGAACAUUGUCUGUCAUUACCUAUAGAAACCUAUUCUACCCAUAAAAACAGAGAAAUUCGUACAAAUUAGAUGUGUGGUGUGGAUGCUCUGCCAGAAUUUUUGUCAUUUUUCUUUUUAGAAUAUACAGCCCAAGGUCACUUAGAUUUGGUGGAGACUGCAAAAAUCAGAGAUGCUGAUGAUGAGACUUUUUAAAGUAUUUAUAAAGAUUUUGACAAAGCCAGAUUACUGGAAAGCAAGGGCUUUGGAUGCUGGUUUGUCUAGAAUUUGAGCCCCAAAAUCUCUGUGGUUGAAUCUUCUCAUGGUUGCAUUUUUCCGUAUUUUAAAGUCUAGGAGUCACUUACAGGCAGGAUAAACCACGAAAUCUGAUCUGGUAAUGUUACUUCCACUGUUCAAGUUUUGAAAAAUAACGAGAAGAGCCCAGAUCGCUGAAUUCUGACUCAUAAUUGCAUCCACAUGCAUGUAAAAAUCCUUGAAAAAUAAAUAUACUAAUUACUGCAAAAAUAUCCAAGUUGCAGUAAAUCUCACAAGGACAGCAAGAUUUCUAAGCCACUGAGAUGCUUUUGAAAAUAUUACCUCGUGCAAACAUGACAGAUCUGCGCCCAUCCCUAGUAAUAUCUAAGCCAAGCUGGUAUUCUUCAAGUGAUCCACAAGAUAAAAUGUAGCUGACAGAAAUCUUUAGAAAUAAUUUAGUCCAUUCCUUUUUAAGAGAUUUCCAUGUAUUUUCUUGGGGUUUGGAGAGUACCAGAGUUUGAUUUAUUUAAUUUUUUUUACGUGAACACUUCUGGCUUAAUCCAAAACUGACUGGACUCAAAGGAAAGAUUUCUAUGGAGUUUAGAAUGGAUGUGUUGCUGACUAACAAAGCAGCACGCUCAUAAAAUUUAUUCCUGAGAGUGGAUUGAAUGAUCUACUUUUAUUUCAAUAAUGCUUUCCGAUUAAUUAAUGAAUUCAAAAUAUUUGUCAAUGAAUGAUUCCUGUAAUUAUUUUGUCUUGAGUCAAUGUUUGAAUGCAAAGGGUCACCCAGGAUAACAAUUGUAUUGGGACACGGGACUAUACCAUCUCUGUUCAAAGAGGGGAAUUGUGCCUAUGCCUUAAGUCAAUGCACUCAGCAAGGAGAAGCACAUCAUAUUUAUCUUGUUAUUAAAACUAGUUUAUUUGGGGGGAGGGAUAGGAGGGUGUCUUGGGAACUGGUUGUACAACUUAAAACAGAUAUUAAUGAAAUGCAUUAAGACCAUAGGGGCACCUAGAGUGAUACAGCCUUUUUUUUACCAUGUUAUAUAUAGCAAAAUACUGUGUACGUUACCUCUGGGACUGUAACUGAAGUCCCAUUCAUAGUCCUACAUUUACUGUAGAGUUUUUUUUUCACUGUUUCAUUUAAUACUGAUAAAAAAUCCUUACAGAAAGCGCGGCCCAAUUCAUAAACAAAUCCCAUAUGAGCAUUUUUUGAAGACGUGCUGCAGGAAGAGUACGCUGUACAGAAACAAGUUGCAUUAGCCUGCCCAUCCCCAGGAGUGAUGCCGGUGAGGAAGGCAGAGCUGGAUGCAGGGAUUGACCCAGCAGGGAUGCUGCAUCCUCAUUACCAUGCUCUGCUCUUGAGAGUCUGGUGCCUCAGUCCUCAUCCAUGCACCCUCUGGUUUCUCUGUGGAGGGUUUUCAUCCCAAUAUAUUAAUUUUGAGUGGCUGGUCUUCUCAGCUGGGCCUUUGGAUGAAGUUGUCAUUUUCUCAUAUCAGAAAGGCCGUGAAACUGCUUAAGGACAUUCAGCCUUUUAUUUAUUAUGUAUUUCUAUGGGGGGGCUGUUAGGGAAAAACAUUACACAUCUGUGCCACCACUGCAGAUACUCCUCUGAGGUGAACAAAGGGUACUUUCGUUAUGCCUCUGUUAAGGAAUUCUAGUUGCUUCUACAUAUUUCACAAUCAUUUUUCCAUCUUAAAAAAGCAUGAAAUGAUGUGCUGUGUUCAAAGAUGAGGAAUCGUUGAACCUCUAGAGAGACUUGUAAAUCAUUUGAGCCCCACUUGACUUUCAAGACAGUGUUUUUGGUGAUGCUGCCUGUGCUUGUUGUUGGCCACACCAUUGGUCCCCUGUUGCUCAGUGAGAGGCAAUCCAGGCCAAACAAGACUUCGUGUCCAAGAUCCCUGGGGAAAACCAGGCAUUUUGUUUAAAAAGCAGUGUACAAACACAUAAAAUAUACACAGAAUCUCACGCUGCACGGUUUGUUGCUGGGGGCUGUUGUGGAGCAACCGGCUUACCUGCUGGAUGAGGCAGAUGCAUGAGAGUCAUUUUUUCUCCUGCCUUCCCCAGAAAUCCCUCACAGUUGUGAUACCUGUGUGCUUUGGGUUUCCCUCAGUCCAUUUAAAUUAAAGCCUCCUUGGCUGGAAUUUCAUCCAUAUGCUCUGCCUGCCAUCUAUAAAACUCCAAAACCAAUCAAGGGUUUGUAUAUUUCUUUAUGAAUCGGGCCUGCAAUUCAGUUCAGCUGAAUUUGCUAUUUGGGGAGGUGACGUUUAUCUCAAAUCAUAGUUUAGUUUUACCUCCCAACACUAAGGCAAGGCUGGGGUAGGCGGUGGAUUUGUUUCAACUGAGCUUGAUGGAAGAGAUGCCAAUGACUUCGCUGCCUGAGCGAGGAGAGGAGCUGGAUAGGUGAAAAUUCAGGGCACUGAUGGCAGUGGAAACUCUGCCACCCUUGGAGUCGCUGUGGGACCGAACCCUGAUUCGUCACUGCGUGCGAGUCUGCAUUGCAGCUUGUGAGCAUUAAAAGGUCAUUGAAAUGCUGAUCAACAGUCUGUGAUACUAAUGUCAAUAUACCUUAGGCAACCGUGAAUACUGCAGUUAAAGACAAACGUGUUUAUAUAUUGUAAUUCUUAACUUUUUAGGGCUUCAGGACCUUGUUAAAUUUGCUUUAAAUGUGAUGCUUUAGUAAGCAGUCAGGAAGAUGACUGUCAGUGCUCACCUGUACACCUGUACCUUACCCACAUGCAGAGGCCCUUCUGCUCUCACAGGUGAGUUAGGAUGAUUUUGCUAAAGCAAAAAGACUUUUCCAUUAGCAAAAGCAGAGAUCCUAAUACUGAUUAUACAAUUAUAUCCAUUCUCCAGUUCUUUCAUGGGGGUUUUGUGUUUCGUUUGGUUUUUUUACACUUUCUGAAGCAUAUUACUCAGUAGUCUGUGAAAUGAGUAGCUGAAGAGUACAAAGAAAUGUUAACACUGAAAGAAGUCAUCAAAAGGGGAAGACGGUAACAACUAAAAUAUGUAUAAGACCUCUCCUAGGUGUACUUUUUUUAAAGAAACAAGCAUGCCUGAGAAUGAUUUAUGUUUCAUUCUCAGUCAUGUGCUGUCAAACAGCUGUAUUUUGAAAGGGGCUUUUUUUUUCUCCUCUGAUCAGAAAUAUAUAUUUGCACAAGCAAAAAGGUUUAAGGCAUAAACCUAAAAAUGUCAUCUGCAAUAUACAGGUUAGCAAAAUUAUGUCUAAAUUUAAAAAAAAAGUUUAAAGAAAGAUUCCCAUGGAACUUGUGAAGAUGUCAGGCUAGUUCACAUAAUACCUAGUCUGCAAAUACAGAUGCUCUUAAAGGAAAUUAGCUUUUGUUGUCCUAAGAUGUGCACACACACACACAAAUAUAUAUAUAUACACAUGCUCACAUACACAUGUUUACAACAAAAGCCAGUUUUCUUUAUAUUUAUUGUUAUGGCUUUAAGUUGCACAUUGCAAAAGAGAGUGAGACAAAGACCAAAGAUUUACAGAAAUCCAUCCUUUCUCUGGUUGCUCUCACACCUGAAAUGCGUUAAUUUAAUGGUGCUUUUUCAGACUGGGCUGGAAAAUGCAGGUUUAUCGCCAAGAUGCAUUUGAGAGAGUGAAGUGGCAGGAAAACUCUAACUUCUUUAAUGAGGAAAAAAAGGAAAUAAUGUGAAAAAUCUCUUAAUGUGUGCAGAGGGCAAGGUUACCUGAAAUUUGAAAUGUGAAGAAAUAACCAAGAAUGCUAAAAGACAUCAUCCUGGGCUGAAAGUAUAAAUAAAUUGAUAAAAAGCACUGACUGUCCACUUACCUGCAGUUGAGCAUUAGCAGAUCAGGAACUCCAGUAGCUGCUUGGUGAAGAAGAGUAACUGUGCCAUAAUGAUUUCAUUUUAAAAGUGCAUAGAGUAAAACCACAAAAAGUUAGAGGCUGUGUUCUUUUUCUUCUUUUUUUUUUUUUUAUGGCUGACAUUUUAGAUUUUGAAAUGUCAUCAUCCAGAAUUCACCCCAGCAAACGCAGGGCACGUUCCUGUGAAGCUUUGCCAAGCACUGGAUUGGUGCUUUUCAAAUGUGAAAAUACCAGCCUGUUUAUUGCCAUUGCUGUUGAAGAACACAGCUCAGCAACAUUUUUGCUUUCCCCAUUUUAACCUUUUUCCUCAGUUCUGAAAUUGCUAUGUGAUAUUCGGUGUCCUGCCACACACAGGGACGUGCACAGGUGGCCAGAAGCCCUGAACCCCCAUUGUGUCCCUUCUCAAUCUCACAUACCCCUAAAAAAACCAAAACCUACAUGUAGCAAUGGCACUAAGGUGAAAUCUGGGACUUUUAGGUAAAUUCUGCACUGCAAUUGCAGUGUUUUCACAGCUGAUGUAGCUGAGUUUACAGCUGUGAGUGGAGCAGGGUUAAACACUGACGUGGCACUGAUAAGAUAAUUCAAGCAAGAGUGGAGUGAAUUAAACAAGGCAGGUAGGAGGGAGAGGGAAGAAAUGGUGAGAGACAUCACCCUAAUCACAGUAAUGCAGGAAACUUCUCUGUUUACACUAUUAUUCUUUAGAUUAAUAACAUCCAUUUUACUAAAUAUGGUAGCAAUUAUGCUUGAUCUUGCCAGGUGCGCACUGGAAUUACUGUCACUGAAACCACUUACAGCUUGGGCUGUUCAAGAUUGCUAGGGUGUUGUUUCCAUCCACAAUAACCACAGUGGUUUGGGGCUUGGAUGGAAAUUACAGUGAAUAGCUUGUAUUUAGAAAGCUUUUAAGUCUGCUGUGGUUGAGAAGCCCAUGCUUAUGCACAGACAGCCCGGAGGCAUUAUCAUUUCAGACUCUCUUGUCCUGCCAUUUGAAUUGUAUUGUGCCCUUGUGAAAAGCAGCGCACUUUAUAUAGGAAAAGUUGAAUAUUUAAAGCUGCAGGAUUUUUAUCUGAAGUGAAGAAGAAAAUAUAAUCAUAGUGCUCCACUGAGAUUUCCCAUCCAAGUCACUUUAAACUAGAGGUGUAAGUCCCUUAAAAAUUAAUUUGCUACAAGUGUAAUUCCUGCGGGAAAGUUAGCACUGGUGUCACUCCCAGGAAAUGUCUCACGUUUACUGCAGCUCAAGGCUGGGAUUUUCUGCCACUAGUCGGUACAGACGGGCUGCCUGUUCGGAGGAAGCCAGAUUUCCUUUGAGGCAAUUCAUCUCUGUGGAUUGAGUUUUUGUUAGUUUUUAACCGGUAUUUAAAAAUAGGAAGGAUUUGUCCACUGUGAAGUGAUAUGUAAUUGUAUGUUUGUCUCACAUUUAGUUGGUUUAUUAUUUCUGCCAGCAAGAGAAGAUAUCUGAAGGAGAAAUUCGUGUGAAAGUGUUACAUUUACAUUGUGCCCUGCUACCAAAUGCUUUAGAUAAAAACAUGCAGCCUUAGUUAAACAGUCUUUUCUUCUAAGAUUAAAAAGGACUCUUUGGAGCCUUUCAUCAAGUUCUACCCAAAUGGAAAGUCUUACCAUUUCUAAAAUAUUUGCUGUUGUAGGAAUAGUCUCAUUGCAAAGCAGAGGUCAUGUGCGUCUUUGCAUGUAACAGGAAUUUUAAAUUGCAUUGUACUUUCACAUUUUUGCCCCAUUCAAAAAGCUUAACCACUGAUAGGAGAUAAAGCAUUCCGAAGCCAGCUACUGCUAAAUGCAUUAUCACUUUCUAAAGCAAUGCAGUUUCUUUGGUCUGUUAAAAAUUUCCACAUAACGGAGUACUUGAAACAUCUUGAGGCAGGCUGACGCUGGAGAGCAGAAGAAUAAUUAUUUGUGGGUGGUUCUAUUUUUAUCAAAGGCUGGAUUGUAGAUGAAAAAAUACUGCUGUUAGAGUUUCUCCCACACUUACUUAGCUGCAAACACCACCACCACCCAACACUACAGCUAGAUUUCUCUGGGGCAGCUGCCUUACAGCAGGGAGUUAGCUCCUUUGCUAAGUCAGAGCCUGAUAAUUUUGUCUUCGUUUGGGUCCUCCUCUGGCCUUGUGCACUCAAUAUCAGUUUUUACUGAUGUAACAGAUAAUGAAACACUUCAGCAGUAUUAAUUAUCUUACAGAUAAUAUAUAUCUGCAUUCUGAGUGGUAUCAAUAGUGCUGGU